AUGUUGCUGCUGAAAUUCCCUACGCCCUAUGGCACAGGCACAGUGCGCAGCGACCAACUUGGCGCUCGAAGCUGCUAUGCUUCAGCAGUGAAGUCCAGCAAUCGCCAACAUAGGGGUGAGGCCCUCGUAGUAACCCAGGCCCCAGCCCCACCUCGAGCUGGCACCAAGCGACCAGAAGACCCUAGGGAGGAGUCUGUCACCCAACAAGCCGAACCUAUGGAAGACCUUGAAUUGGUUACUCUUAAUGAGGACAUCCCGGAUCGGCAGGUUAGGAUCGGCACCUCCCUCUCACAAGAGCUUCGCUCUGAUCUUGUCGCCUUCCUCCGCCUUAACUCUGAGGUCUUCGCUUGGUCAUACAAUAACAUGCCUGGCAUAUCACCAGAUAUCAUCUCCCAUCCGAUAAGCAUUAACCCUACCGUCCAACCCGUUCGGCAGAAGCGUCGUGCUUAUGACUCGGAGCGGUAUGAGGCCAUAAGGGCAGAGGUGGAUAAGCUAAGUACCAUUGGAUUUAUCAAAGAGGUGGACUAUCCCACCUGGCUGGCUAAUGUGGUGAUGGUCCGCAAGAACAAAAAGGGCUAG